GUGUUAUUAACUAAAGUUGUUGUAAUUUUGAGUGUCAAAAUUUUGCGAUAACAUUAAAAGGACGUAAGACAAAAUCUAGUUACGUGAAUUAUUAUGAGAGGUUAUUUGAAAUUACGGAGAUAAAAAGAAAGUUGACGCAACGCAACUUCAAUAGCAACAAUAACACGCUCCCACAAUUGUAUCUGAUUGUACGAAGGAAAAUUAUAAUGGUGUUUUGUUAUAAAAUAAUAACAGAGAGCCCGCUCCGGUCGGGCUGCGUAUCACCGAGGAAGGCCUCGCCGAUGGGACGACUGCCUGACAUUCACAGCUCCCUAUCCCAGUUAAUGAACACGACGGACUACCAUGACGUCAGCGGCAGUAUUAUGGACGACAUCCCAGACAGAGAGUGGAGACUCCUGGCCACCCUGCUCCGCAAGAGAGAGCAAGACAUCGAGAGGGAGAAACUUGCAGACGAGUUCCGGAAAAUGUGGCAGAAAGAGAAGGAAGAAAGAAAUAUGAUAGCAGCGGAGUCCUCAGAGCAGUACAAGAAAUUCCUCCAUCAGAAGCGAGAGGAACAGCGCCUACUUCAAGAGUUGAGGAGUUUCCAGCGGCAGACUGAGGAGCAGAUGAAGCAGGGUCUCUUGGUGAACAGCUUACGACACAAGGAAAAACGCAGCGCGAGUGUCCUGGCUUGGUGCCAUGAUAAAAAGACAUUCGACCUAGUAGAGAAAGUAAUAGACUCGGAAGCGAAAGCCCUGCUGGCUGCAGACAGGAGGUGUCGUCAGGAUGCUGCUGACGAGUGGAAGAAGAAAGCUGAACUGGUGGACUGGCAGAAGAAAGCUGAUGAGGCGAGGAGACGGAAGAACGCCAUGCUGAAGGAGACUUCUCAGCGCGUAGCCAUAAACAACGCCCUGAGUUCCUGGGAAACCGCCUUACUGAAGGAAGGAGUCAACGUGAUGGAUGAGUUCAAACGCGCGCAACACGCCGCGCACGCAGAACUGACACACUUGCGCAGCGUGCGCCUCGCGCGUGCGCGGGACUCGCGACUCAAACGCGCGCGGAGACUGGCCACUAUCACUCAGCAACUGCGCGAGGCUGUGCGCAUGGCUAGAUCUUAAACAUCGAAUGUAACCUGGUUACACGGUCAGUAUUUUAUCCAUCUAUGACCUCAGUUUGAACUGCCAGACUGGUGGAUACUGGUACUGGUGAUGAUAUAAUUCCAAGAAAAAUCGACAAUAUUAACUCCUGCCCAGGCCUGGUCUGAGACCUGAAACCGCCCCGGGCAUUUGAGGGACGAUCGCCCUUAUAAGUGGGAGGCUCAUAAUAAAACAAGCGCCCUCGGACCUUUGCGGACCUACUGGUGGGAUCGUUCAACCGUCACCACAACCAUGGACUAGUGGUGCCGUGCCGUUGUACGAGGUGGACUGCUAGGACUAAACGGUAGACGUAAACCACCCCAAAUUUACUGAAACGAAAUGAUGAUGCAGACGGAUUGUUUGAAUUCAUUGUAAUAGAUGACCCAGUGAAUUUCGUAUCAUCCUUUUCCGUAUUUUGUCAUCGUUUAAACCUUUCCUAGACUUCCACGAAUAUUUCAAGACUAAAAUUAGCAAAAUCGGUUCAGCCGUUCUAGAGUUUUAGCGAGACUAACGAACAGUAACAGGUAUAUACAUUAUAUAGAGUAGAUAUAUAGAUUAUAGCAGAAUUGUCAUUGCCAGCAGCCAGACCAGCCGGCUGGCGGGGACCGGCCCUCCAGGUAUCCGGUGCCCUAUAGGCAGUCCAGGCCUGUUCCUACCAGAUGAUGAACUGGACUUAUGAAAUACUGACCAUAUGACCUGGCUAGAGUCUGUUAAUUGACAUCAGGCAUUAUUUUAUGAUCAUUUAGAUGAGAGAAAGAGCGUCUUCUAGCCAUGUCACUCCAUUGCGGUUUGGUGGCCCCAAAACACAUAUGAUUUAGGGAGUGUUUCAUCAUUUGCUUAUAGACUGCCUGAUAUAAGAUAUUGCUAAGUAUCUGAU